AUGGCCUGCGCGGCUCGCUGCUUGCUCCUGGCAUCUCUGGCAUGCUGCGUGUCCGCUGCGCAUGGUAACUGCAUCCCGGAUGACGGCCUUGGGAAUACGACCUGCCAAUCUCCAGACGAGCACUCCUUCGUGCAGAGCUGGAAGCGUACGGAUCGAGCGCCACCUGGGCCACAGCCGCUGCCGGCAGCGCGCCAGCUGGGCCUGAUGUGGGCGCCGGCCAUGUGGCUGGUGCUAUUGGUUCCGUUUGCUGCGAUGCAGUUCUGGACGGGAGCCAAGCCACAGAAGAGUGCCACAGAGGCUUUGCUGCACGGCGCCGGCCUGGCGCGGGGGCAGAAAUGGAGUUCGGAAGCAGAGCAGGAAGGCAGCUCAUCCAGACAGGACGUAUGGCUGGAUGUUGCCGGACUUAGAGAUUUGUGGCUGCUUGAAGUGCAGAGGCAGCGGCAUGGAGCAAGCUUACUCAAGGUGUUGUUGCGUCACUGCCUUAGUGAAAGCUGGAUGGCAAAUGCUUAUGGUACAUGCAUCGGGGCCCUUGGGUUUGCAGCCAAUCUCUUUCUCUCCAUCGCUCUUGGCCAGCUGCUUGAUGGCGUGCGUCGAGGGCAGGCGCAUGGUUUCGAUGGACUCAUGGUGGUCUUGACCUGCGCCGUGCUUCCUUCCCUUGUGGGCUUCUUGGAGGCGGCGAGUUGCACCAGGAAUGCCCGAUUUGCUGCGCGAUGCAGCGCGGCCUUGAUGGGCCUCUUGGGCACGAAGGCUAAGCAACUCCCGGCAACAAAGGUCGGUGUGGAUCCUUUGGCAUCCCUGGGGGGAAUUCAUGGCGCGCUGCGACUCUCAGACCAAGUUGGAGAGGCGGUGCCUUGUCUUUGGCGCGCUGCCAUGGCCUGCGCACAGGUGGCUGUGCUCCUGGCAUGGCUGUGGACACGGUGGGGUGCGAUGGUGCUGCUUGCGCCCUUAGGCUUCGCUCCGCUGCUGCCCGUCACGGCACUUCGGUUGCGUGGCCUUGUCCAGCCCUACGUCUCCUACGAGACUGCCGCGCAGCGCCGGCACGACUUCGUCGCUGCUUCCUGUUCGAAACAGGGCUUGCCCCAAGUGUCGACGCAGAACUUUGUGGAGCGCGCUCAGCAUUUGCGGCGGGAGGAGCUUGGCUUUCUGUGGGUGAUGCACAACCUCAGCUACCAGGUCGCACUGUUGGCUGCACGCUGGCCGCAGGUUAUCGCCCUCGCGUGCGUCGUGGCCAUUGCUGCGCUUGCCCCAACGCAGCCGGAGGUCCUGCUUCCGCUUUUCCUACAGCUGCAUUGCCUGCUGCGACAACUGUCAGUUUGCAGCAGCUCCGUAACCAAGCUCUGUGCAGUGGAGCCUUCCUUGGCUCGAGUGGAGGCGUUUCUGAGCCGGCGGGAGCUGGGAGCUGCGAGCCCCCCCGAGGAGGGGCUGUGCCUCCAUCUGUCGGGAAGCUUCGCCUGGGAGGAAGAGGCGGAGGUCGAGUCCCUGCCUGUACUUGUCGAUCUGGACUUGAAGGUGCCCAGAGGCUCCCUUCUGGCGGUUCUCGGCACGUCUGGGGCCGGGAAGACCUCGCUCUUGCACGCAGCUUCUGGAGCCCUCCAACCGCUAGCAGAUGCUCUUGUGCAGAGGACACCGUCUGCGCUGUUCCUGCCUUCAACGCCUUGGAUAUUUCCAGGCUCAAUGCAAGCCAACAUCCUCUGCGGUAGAAGCUUGGAGUUGCAGCGCUACCAAGAGGUUCUCCAGGCCCUGGGUCUUGAAGCCGUGGCGGAAGAUCCGGAGAGCACCUCGAUGGAUCGGCAAGCCAGAAUUGCUUUGGCCCGGGCUGCGUACGGCAGUGAGGAUCUGGUUCUCAUGGAUGACCCGUUCUGCGGAAUGGCGGCCUCGGACGCUGAGCAAAUUAUUCGCGAGGUGCUUCAAGGGCCCCUGUUUGCGGGGCGCUCCUGCAUCGUAACCUUCGGCAGCGACACCGCGCGCCUUGCCUUGGCCGCUGGAGGCUUCUCCAACCGCAUCGUUCUCGAGGGUGGCGCCAUGGCGGUCAAUGGUACAGUUGGCACAGAGGAUCUGCAGGGGACCUGGGUUUCAUGGGCUCCUUCGAACGCGAAGCCUCUCGUUGCCGGGCCCGACUGCCAGCCUGCCCAAGAGGAGCAGCUCGGGGGUGUCUUUGGCGCGAUGGCCUUCCUGCAGCUGGCGGGUAGAUGCCAAAUCACAUGCGUUUACCUCCUUCUGCUCGUGGAUCAGAUCCUGCAGACUGGGCUGGACUGGUUCGUACUUGUGGCCGCUCUGAAAAUCAGUCGGACCAGAAGCUUGUUCUCUUUCCACUGGCAGCUUGCCACUUGCUGGAUCAACUUCAUGCUUAAGCUGGUGUUAGCACGAGCGGCUGCUUCGUGCUGCACCGCUGCUGGAGAAUCUUUCCACGCGAAGUGGCUCAGCGAGCGCAUAGUGACAGCCUCCAGCAAGAGCGUGAUGCAGGACAUGAAGGUGGUGGACCUUGGACUUUCGCAUCAGGUUUGGGUGUUGCUUGCACUCCUGUGCAGCUCGCUUGGACUUCUCUGUCUGGUGCACGUCCGGUUGCCGCAUCCCCUCUAUGGACUCUUUGCGCUGCCCGCCUACAUGAUGGCAUGUUGGUUCCUCUGGCAAAACUUCUGCCGUCGCGUAGAUCUACACAGGAAGCGGCGUGAAUGCCAAGUCUCCGUUUCCAAAGUGCUGCACGAUUGCUUCGCACCUGGAGCUGCAGCACGACUCAUGGCUCAGGAGUCGCAUGUUCUGGAGGUCGAGGAGGCGACCCUCAAAGCUUACGCUCGCCGAUGUGCCGCCGCACCAUCAGC